AUGAAUUGAACGACAUUGCGAGCAAACCAACAAAAGACUUUUCAUAUGUGAUUGAAAGUUAUUCAGAAUUAUUCAGCAUUUCAAGUAAGAUAACAGAGGCGGCUUGCUUCAAUGUCAUCGCAUGUCUCGGGAGCAAAGUAGACAUACUAUUUGUUGUUGACGCCUCGAAAAGUAUUAACCCAAACAACUUUGAGAUAAUUCGACAAUUCAUCCGAAACAUCGUGAGAGAACUGCACAUUUCAAAGGAUGCUGCCCAAGUGGGUCUGGUCACCUUUCACAAUACUGUUACUCAUCAAUGGGAUUUGAAUACAUACCAUGUCAAACCAUAUCUUCUGGCUGCUAUAGACGAGAUAUCCUACAAAGGAGGGAGCACUGAUACAGCAGGGGGUUUACGAGAGGCCGCGAGAAUGCUUAAGGACCCCGCUCUGGGUAACAGAAAUGAUGCCCAGGACUUAAUUGUGGUUAUUACUGAUGGUGAAUCUAAGACCGAUGACCCUGUCCCCAUCGCUGACUCACUGAGGGUGGAUCUAGAUGCUAUCAUAUUUGCAAUUGGUAUUGACGCCCCUUCUCUAAAUCCUGUUGAACUGGAUGCGAUUGCAAGCUAUCCACCCGAGGAUUUUUCGUUUGUCGUAGAUGACUUUAACAGUCUUACAAGUGUCACUUUCCAGAUAGUCCAAGCAUCAUGUGGCAAGAUACCUUCAAGAAGAAUAACUACAACUGUGAAACCGCCCACAGAAAUAACUGGACCCCAGACUACCACGAUACCCGAAGGGCAAAGAACUACCACUAGAGGACUUCCACCAACCAGAUCACCUCGUCCAACUGUUGGACCCCCAGGUCAGAAACCUACAACGACUAUCACAACUACACCUCCAGCUACUGUCCCUCCCUCUACCACAACAACCCAAAGGCCAACUUUACCUGAAGAAAAGAUCAUCAACGCGGAACUUUGUUUUGUCAUAGACACAACCUCCCAAACAUUUGAAAAUGAACAACUUGAAUCUGUAAAGAACUUCAUGAUGGCAAUGCUAGGUGGGCUUAAAAUAAAUUGGGAUGGUCUUCAAUGCGGCGUUACAGUGAUAUCCAACAAAGCAAGAGUAAACCUCUAUCUUGAUUCAAGUCAGGAUGCUUAUGGUCUUUUCAAAGAAAUUGGCGAUUUAAGAUUGACAUAUGACAGCAAAGGUGUGAAACGCAGCGGAGGUACACUUGAUUUGGGAAUACAACAAAUGCGUGAGGAGAUAUUUGCAGAGCAAAAUGGAUUGCGAGAUGAUUACAAAAAGUUUGGAAUCGUUAUAUCCGAUGGCAGUUCACUCUCAGGGAAUUUAGCGCUGCAAGCAAAUAUGGCGAAGUAUAGUGACAAAAUAGAGAUGUUUAUGAUGUAUAAAAAUAACACAAAUCUGAAUGCACAAGAGGUAAAGAGGCUCGAGGGCAUAGCCACAGAUGAUGAUCAUUUUAUCACGUUCAAUAGCUACGAAGGUGAAAUGCAGCAAUAUGCCAGAUAUAUAAUCGACAUGAUCGAGCAAAAUACAGUUGUUACAACAGUAAGAACGACAACACCAGUCACCGCUUCUAACUCAGGCGUCACAGGUGUGAACACUGGUGGGAGCACAAAUGUAAACACUAAUGGAAAUACUGAUGGAGGAAAUACUGGCAGGACAAGUGGAGGAAUGAUAACCACAACAACAACAUCUACGAUCGGUAUCACAGAGACUCCAAAUGCUGAAAGUCAGAUACUGGCUGAGACCCCUACUAUAAUUGGCAUCAUUGCGGCAGCAUGUGUAAUCGGGACCUUGAUAUUAGUAGGGUCAGUAUGGGCAAUAUGUAGAAAUAGGAUGCGACAGAGCGAGAAGGAACGACGAAUGAUGAACGGCACUGAGUCCCUGUACUCCUACAGCAGCAGCAGGGGUCAGCCAACCCACAAUCCGGCGUACAUAGAUGAAGAUCAGGACUACAUAAAGCACGGAAUACAUGACCAGGAAGGGGUGACGGCGAAUCCGAUAUAAAAGCCUGCUCCUUGAACAAAUCAUUUGGACGAUCGUGAAUGAGUUUUGAGUACUACAUUAAAAUGUAAAAAAUAAGUCAAAUCGAUAGUUGGUGUUUAUUUGCCUGUGUUAAUGUGUCCUGUAUACGUUUUUGUGUUAAUCGCUAACAGAUUAAUGACAUUACUGUGAACUGCAAUGCUUUCAGUAGACAGGCAUUCCUCGAUUGAUUUGCCUCUAAACUGAUCAUGAAUAAUGCUGUUUCGAAACCUGCUAUGUAUCGAUAACUACAUGAAGGAAUUUAGUAAUAGAUGUACCAGUUAUGGUAAAUCAUUUUUGACAGGUGCAUUUCCCUAAUGAUUUUAUUCUCAUCAAAAUAAUACGUUUCCCUCUGAAAACUCAAAAAACGCAACAAGCAGUGAUCUCGUAAAACCACAAAACGAGUGAUGACU